AUGUUUUUCGCUGUGCUCUCCUCCAUCCUCCUCGGCGCGUCGGUGCCACUCAAUCACACCACGCCCGAUAACACCGCGCCCGUGCCAGCUGUCCCGUCCGAGAACGACUUCGCGUCCGAGAACACUAGCGUGGCAGCCGAGUACUUUGCGCUCGUAGACGCGGACGGCGAUGGCAUUCUGACGGCAAACGAGAACCGCCGCCUGCCUUGGCAAGAGGACGAGGCUCCCGGAGUCGGCGAACUCCAUGGGUUCCCUUCCUGGUACGAUAGCAACGACGGCAAAGUCACGCUGGCUGAGGACGACGGCCAAGGCACGCUGGCAGUGGACGGUGCUGCCGAGCUUGAGGAGGAGGUGGACGAGGAGGUGGAGGCUUCCGCCACUGAGAGCCAGCUCUUUGUCGCUUCGACCCAGGGCGACUAUGCCGACAUUCCUUCGUUUAGCGAGGAACAAGGCUGGUCGGACCCGAGCAACUAUGGCGUCAUCACCGGUGUGCGGUGCAGUGGCAAGUACUGCGACUCUAUGCAACUGAAAGCAUCACAAAUUGAGUCGACCAACUUUUCUUCGGCACUUACCACAUAUACCGAGUGGUUCUCGGAGGAAAAUAGCGGGUCCGGCAAGUGCGCACCGGACUACGUCGUGACGGCAGUGAAGUGCAAAGGCCGUUACUGCGACAGCCUCCGUUUGCGUUGCAAUAAGCUCAAAUCAGGAGGCCGGUGGACCUCCGAAGAAUACGAAACCUCAAAAUUCAGCUCCUCGAGGCGGCAAAGUGGGAUUGGGGAAUGCUACAAACCGUCGACUUCGGUGAUCGGGAUCAAAUGCUUCGGCGAUUAUUGCGGUCAGAAGAAACUGAUAUGCCGAGGGAUCGUCAUUGAGGUCGAGGUCGAGAGUGAGUGGCGCAUUUAUGCCUCCGACGGUGCGAAUCCGACAACCACGUACACAUAUGAAGAAUCCAGCAGUUCCGAGUUGAGCUGGCUUACGAGCCGCAGCACCACCGUGUCCAUCGGCACCACGACGCAGGUGAGUGGAUCGUUCAAGCUCUUCGGGGCCUCCAUCUCAAUGACGACAGAGUAUGAACAAGAAACUUACGAACAGGUGUCUGCGUCUUACGAACGAUCCACGCACUCAACGGCAGCAAUCGAGUGCAAAAGCAAUUGCGCAACGGAAGGCAAGAACGCGUGGUUGUACUGGCAGAAGGAUCCGCGCGCCUAG